UUCUGAAACAUUUUUAAUCCUUUAAUCGUAUUUAUUCAAAUUGAUAAACAAAACAGAUUUGGAUUUCGCGGUAUAUGUUCGGGCGACGUCACAAGCAUGUUGGCCCGUCAGGUUGGUUAACAUGAAGUUUCUAUAAUACAGGACUGGAAACAUUCAGUUUGUAAGUGACAGUGUAUCAAAAUGGCGCUGAAAGCAUUAGUUGGGCAGAAGAUAAUGAAUGAGGCAAUAAAAAAUAAGAGAAAGCCAGGACAAGGCAUGGAAUGGCGUGUAUUGGUGGUGGAUCAGCUGGCAAUGAGGAUGGUAUCAGCCUGUUGCAAGAUGCAUGAUAUUUCAGCAGAGGGCAUCACCAUUGUUGAAGACAUCCACAAAAAAAGAGAACCUCUGUCAACAAUGGAAGCAGUCUACCUCAUCACUCCAUGUGACAGCUCAGUUAAGGCACUCAUGGCUGAUUUUCCCAACUCUAAUCAUUGUAUGUACAGGGCAGCCCACGUUUACUUUACAGAAGUGUGCCCUGAGGAACUGUUCAAUGAAUUGUGUAAAUCAAAUGCAGCUAGAAAGAUUAAGACACUGAAAGAGAUCAACAUAGCAUUCUUACCAUAUGAAUGUCAGGUUUUCUCGCUGGACUCACCCAAUACAUUCCAGUACUUCUACAAUCCAAUGUUAAGUGGCAAUCGUACUGCUAACAUGGAACGCAUGGCUGAACAGAUAGCUACACUGUGUGCUACACUUGGGGAAUACCCUUCUGUAAGAUAUCGCAGUGAUUUUGAUAAAAAUGUAGAAUUGGCACAGUUGGUGCAGCAGAAGUUGGAUGCGUAUAAAGCUGAUGAACCUACGAUGGGUGAGGGCCCAGAGAAAGCUCGAUCACAGUUGAUUAUUUUGGACAGAGGUUUUGAUUGUGUCUCACCAUUGCUUCACGAGCUAACACUACAAGCAAUGGCUUAUGACUUGUUGCCUAUUGAGAAUGAUGUAUACAAGUAUGAAGCUACAGCUGGUGCACCAGAGAAAGAGGUGCUUCUAGAUGAGAAUGAUGAGUUAUGGGUUGAACUCAGACACCAGCAUAUUGCAGUAGUGUCACAGAGUGUAACAAAGAAUCUGAAAAAAUUCAUUGAGUCAAAGCGUAUGCCGCAAGGAGACAAGCAAUCAAUGCGUGAUUUGUCACAAAUGAUUAAGAAGAUGCCACAGUAUCAGAAAGAGUUGAGCAAAUACUCAACUCAUCUCCACUUAGCUGAAGAUUGUAUGAAGGCAUAUCAGGGUUAUGUGGACAAACUGUGCAAAGUUGAGCAGGACUUGGCAAUGGGUACAGAUGCAGAGGGGGAAAGAAUCAAAGAUCAUAUGCGAAACAUUGUGCCAAUCUUGCUGGACCAGGCUGUAUCAGCAACAGAUAAGAUGCGCAUAAUCGCACUGUACAUUAUCUCGAAGAAUGGCAUCAGUGAUGAAAAUCUCACAAAACUGGUCCAGCAUGCACAGAUUUCACCACAAGACAAGCAGACCAUUAUCAACAUGGCUAAUCUGGGACUGAACGUUGUUGUUGAUGGUAAUCGCAAAAAGAUUUAUCAUGGAACGCGCAAGGAACGUAUCACAGAACAGACUUACCAGAUGUCUCGCUGGACUCCUGUCAUCAAGGACAUCAUGGAAGAAUGUAUUGAGGACAAGCUUGAGUUGAAGCACUUUCCCUUCCUUGCUGGUCGUGCUGCAUCAUCUGGCUAUCAUGCACCUACAAGUGCACGGUAUGGCCACUGGCACAAGGAUAAAGGACAGCAAACUGUGAAGAAUGUUCCUCGUCUAAUUGUGUUUGUGGUUGGCGGAGUGUGUUUUUCAGAGAUCCGCUGUGCUUAUGAGGUGACUCAAGCUGCAAAGAACUGGGAAGUUAUUUGUGGUUCAUCACAUAUUCUUACACCAGAAGACUUCCUGAGCAAUCUACAAAAGUUAAGUAACCAAUAAGUAUAUUGUGUUACUAAACAGUAUGGCCUAACACUCUUUUCCUGAGGGACUGUUCAUGUAUGAAUGAAGAGACAUACACUUAAGGUCAAAUGGAAAGUGCCGAAAAUAGGAAGUGAGCAUUUCUGUUUUUGCCCAGCAUGACAGAAAGAUUAAGCCCAGUAUUCUGCCAUGUUAAGUAUUCUUGGUAUUCCAAAGAUUUUGUGAUUAUGUGUUCCUGACAUUGAGAAAUAAACACUGUUGUCUUAAUAUAACAUGUUUAUGAUUUUUUGUUUGGAACACCAGUAUAGCAACCUUGCUUGUUUAAUGAGUAUGCUGAAUGAUAUUUAUGUGUGAAAUCCCACUACAAUAUAUGCCAUGUGUAUAAAGAUUUAUAUAUAUAUGUUAUAUAUAAAUGAGUUAUAAAGAGUGUAAAUCUAAAAUUCACACUGAUUAAUAGAUUGUAUAAAAAUAGUAUGAUUUUGGAACUUCAGAAUUGUUACAGCUAAAACUUAAAAUUUUUGGUAGCAUUUCUAAGUGCUUUCAAGUGUGAUAAGUGGUAUGUAUAGGUCAGCCAAAUUGAAACUCACCUGUCAGUGAGAGAGACCUUGGGUUUAGUGCUUGUAUGAGUGGAAUGUUUGUAUUGCUAUUCUUUAAAUUAUGUUACCCAUUGUGAAAAAAAUAAUAUUUUAAUUAUUAAAAGCUUAGAUUUAUUUUGCUUAUGGAAAUAAAGUUAUGCAGUGUCUAUCUUUCGUUUUUAUGUAAAUCAAGAAUGUUUGUAUUGGAACUUGUUUUUGUUAGUGUGUGUGUGUGUGGGGUGGCAGUGAAGAUUUAGUAUAUACUAAUAUGUAACUUUUAAGGGCUGGAAAUUGAAAUUGACGUGCUUAUAGUCUGUAUGGAAUUUUACAUUGUAGUUUUCAUAGACCAGACAUGUAUCAAUCUGUAACUGACUUCUCAUGUUGUCAGAUAUUUUUUGGCAAGGUUCCUCCAGCACACUGCACAUUAAGAUCACUAAUUGAAGAGUAAACUUUGUAAAAGAGUGACAUGAAAAUGAUUAUCUUUGUCAUAUGUCAAUAUUAAUUAAAUUUGAAGAUAAAAAUAAAUGUGAAUUUAUGUUGUUGCUAA